AUUUCGUCUUUAAAACCGGAAGUGGUAUUCUGGUGACAACAGCGCAUUGAUUUCCCUGCCCACAACAAUAAAAGAGAGAGACGAAUUCAACAAUUAAAAGCAGAAAGACAUCUGGGAAUCUCGCUGGGACGUUGUGGCGUUAAAUAAAGACCGCGGGCAGCCAUGCUGUCGGACGCAGACUACACCGGGAAUUCCGCUGGCGCUCGGAGACCCAAGAAGAGGAGCUCCGGGGAGUCACCAGGGGACGGACAGACACUGCGCUCCUCAGGAAGGCAGGUCAACGUCCGGGUGAAGCGCACCAACAACCCUCCACCUGGUCAGAAUAAAAGAAAAGCCACAGACACAGAGGAGGAAGAUGAUCAGUCUGAGAAGAAGUACAGAAAAUGUGAGAAGGCUGGGUGUUCUGCCAUGUACCCUGUUUGUUUUGCAAGUGCAUCUGAAAGGUGUGCUAAAAAUGGCUACACGUCACGGUGGUAUCAUCUGUCAUGUGGCGAGCAUUUUUGCAAUGAGUGCUUCGAUCACUACUACAGAAGUCACAAAGACGGCUAUGAGACCUUUGCUUCCUGGAAGAAGGUGUGGACCAGUAACGGGAAAAGUGAGCCCAGUCUCAAAGCUUUCAUGGCAGAUCAGCAGCUUCCAUACUGGGUUCAGUGCACCAAGCCUGACUGUAGGAAGUGGCGCCAGCUUACCAAGGAGAUCCAGCUCACCACCUCCUUAGCAGCAACGUACCGCUGCGGCAUGAAGUUCAACAACAUUAAAAGCGAGGGGCCCGACCAGUGCUCCCAGCCAGAGGACUUGAGAGUGGCAGAGGUGAGCGACAGCUGGUGGCAUUCGAUGCUCAUUUUACCGCCGCUGUUUAAAGAAAGUCCAGCCGGCCCGUUCCUCACUGCCUACUACCCCGACUGCGUGGGGAUGAGUCCAUCAGGUUCUUCCAGCAAUGUGUCUCUGGGCGAGCUGAGGGCAGAUCACUGCAGAGCUGCCCAGCCUCAGAUUCUAGGCUUGUGUCCGUACUUCCAGCCCUUCUACCAGCCCAAUGAGUGUGGAAAGGCUCUGUGUGUGCGGCCUGAUAUGAUGGAGUUGGAUGAGCUUUAUGAGUUUCCAGAGUUUUCCCGUGAUCCCACCAUGUAUCUGGCUCUGCGUAACCUUAUCCUGGCUUCCUGGAACAAGAACUGUAAGGAGGUGCUGACUGCAGAGAAAUGCGCUCAGCACAUCACCGUUCGGGGGUUGGUGCGCGUGCGCUGCGUGCAGGAGUUGGACCGGGUGCUCCAUUUCAUGACCAGGAAGGGCCUCAUCAACACCGGCGUGCUGGUGACCAAACAGCCUCUGCUCCCAGAAAGAUUCUGCUCUAAAAACGUUAUUAUCAUCGGUGCCGGGGCUUCGGGACUGGCUGCUGCGCGCCAGCUGCAAAACUUUGGCGCUCAGGUGGUGGUGCUCGAGGCAAGAGACAGAAUAGGUGGGCGGGUGUGGGACGAUGCUUCUACGGGUGUCACCGUGGGGCGAGGAGCUCAAAUUGUCAACGGGUGUGUAAACAACCCCAUCGCCCUGAUGUGUGAACAGCUGGGCAUCAAGAUGCACAAGCUCGGGGAGCGAUGCGACCUCUUUCAGGAGGGAGGACAGGUCACUGACCCCGCCAUUGACAAGCGCAUGGACUUCCACUUUAAUGCCAUCCUGGAUGUGGUGUCAGAAUGGAGGAAGGACAAGUCGCAGAACCAGGAUACGCCCCUGGGAGAAAAGGUCCAAGAAGUGAAGAAGAACUUUCUUCAGGAGUCUGGGAUGCAGUUCAGUGAACUGGAGGAGAAAGUGCUUCAGUUUCACCUCAGCAACCUGGAGUUCGCCUGCGGAAGCACAUUAGACCAGGUGUCGGCGAGAUCCUGGGACCACAAUGAAUUUUUCGCCCAAUUCUCAGGAGACCACACUUUACUCAACAAGGGCUACUCCGUCUUACUCCACAAACUGGCCGAGGGCCUCGAUAUCCGCACAAAGUGUCCGGUUCAGGCCAUUGACUACUCAGGUGACGCUGUCAAAGUUACCUCCUCCGAUGGGUCGCAGUGGACAGCACAGAAGGUCCUUGUUACAGUUCCUUUGACUUUGCUUCAGAGGAACCUGAUUCAGUUCAACCCCCCACUUCCUGAAAGGAAACUGAAGGCGAUCCACAGUCUGGGAGCGGGUAUCAUAGAAAAGAUCGCUCUUCAGUUCCCGUUCAGAUUCUGGGACAAAAAAAUCCAAGGAGCGGACUAUUUCGGUCACAUCCCACCAGGUCCGGAGAAGAAAGGCAUGUUCAGCGUCUUCUAUGACCUGGAUCCACAGAGGAAGCAGGCUGUGCUGAUGUCUGUUAUCAGCGGCGAUGCCGUUUCUUCCGUGCGGGACUCGGAGGACAAAGAGGUGCUCGACGAGUGCAUGAAAGUCUUGCGUGAACUUUUCAAAGAGCAGGAGGUCCCUGAGCCGGUGAAUUUCUUCAUCACCCACUGGAGCAAAGACGUGUGGUCCCAGAUGUCCUACAGCUUUGUGAAGACAGGGGGCAGCGGAGAGGCCUACGAUAUCCUCGCUGAAGACGUGCAGGGAAAGGUGUUCUUUGCUGGCGAGGCAACCAACAGACACUUUCCUCAGACUGUGACAGGAGCCUACCUCAGUGGCGUCAGAGAGGCCAGCAAGAUGGCUGCUAUGUAAACUGUCACUCCCAGAGCGCGCUCACAAACACCAGCACGGACUCACGGGUUGCACCGAACAACAGACCAUUAAUAAAGCCGGAACACGUUGUCUCACUCGCUCCACUUGAAACACUGUUUUGCUGCACUGUAACGCAUCUGAUCAGCCAAGUGUCACGAGUGACUUUUCAGCAGCGGGGGAUGAGUAGGGCUCUCCGGGGCCUGGCCCUACAUAUCUAACAAGUGCUUUUUAUUUAUAUGAAAAUCCAGCAGGUAACAUGUUGGUGACAAGAUGCAAAAAACUUAUUAUGAAGUGGGCGUUGUCCCUGUGCAGCUCCACCUGUCUCCAACACGAGGCUGUGUGUGUGUGAUGCUGUUAGUUCUGUUAGAAAUUCUGUGAUGAGAUUUAAUUUGGGGGGAAUUAGGCUGCAUGAAAUAUUGGCACGUUCUCAGUGAUCUGAUCAUGAACUGAAUAUGAUUUAGCCUCCAAGAAUCAUGUUUUAAGAGAUUAUAGGAUAUAUAACAUGUUUUCUUUAAGUUUUAUACAUCUGUAGUGAAUUUAAGUUGUACUAUUUGUGAUUCAGGUGUCGCUACAAAUGAUGAAGUUGAAUAUAUGAAAAAAAAAAAAAAUUAUAUAUAUAUAAAAAAAAAAAUAGAAGUACCUCUACAGUAGCUCUUUUUAUUUAAGUCAACAAAGACAAAAAAAAAAAGAAACCACUUGUGAUAAGUUUAAUGACCGUUAGGGCUCAGGCUGAUCUCUAGAUUGCCCCCAUAUUUUCUCAGGGAUGCGAUCAGGACGCUUUUCACUUUUCACAAUAAACAAAAUCAAUAACAGAGUAAAAUGAGAAGAACCGUGAGGACAAAACACAACACAGCUAACCAAAGUAUUAAAACUCCACACUUGUAUUUAUUCUUGAACUGUUCAUUUCCUGUUCUCACCUUCUUCGAUUAGCAUUGACUGAUGGUGUUUUCUGUGUAGGUCCAUAUCAUUGUCUGGAUCAGUGCAUUUACAGUGUGUGAUCAUGUCCUGUUUGUUGUUAUAGUGCUCCAAUAUUUAUCUUGUAUCUGUGUAAUAAACUGAGCUACCAACUGCCACAGUAAUCAGUUCUACUCAUGGAUGUUUUUACCUCCUGAAUCAGCAUUAUAUAGCACUGUGCAAAAGUCUUGAGCCACCCCUCAUUUCUUUGUUUUGCUUCCAGGUAGCCAGAUGUUCUUGUAAUUUUUGAAGUGGUCUUGAGUGGUAGUUUUCCAGGCUUUCAGAAGGCAUUUCAAAGUGUUUCUUUGGGCAUUGGCUGCUUUUUCACUCAUUUUCAGUCCGGUCCUUGUACCUGUUUUGUUUGUCAAGCCACUUAACACUGAUCUGUGACUCAAGCAAGAGAAAAGCCCAGCCUGUUGCAAAAGCACAUCAUUUGUUCCCAUUUCUUUUGUUGAGUCUACAAAAAAUAUGAAAGAUAUCAGUUUGACGGGCACAAAAUAGUUUGUUUGCACCAGCUGCGUGAUUCCCAAAGAGCUGUUAGCUGAAAACUUAGCAUGUCUCAGCAUUGUGUGCAGUGUGUCCUUGAGGAACAUGGACAAGUGGAGGCCAAAAGAAGACGCGGCAGGCCUAAGAAAAAAAUAUCUACAGCUGCCUGAACAGUCUCUGAAAGUCAUGUCAUUAAGAAACAGAAAAAAGUCCAAUAAAGAGCUGACACAGCACCUGGGAAGUGCAUCUGGUCCUUUUGUUGAAGGACUUCAUCUGCUGCUCACCAAAGCCACAUCAGUGGAAGGGUGGCUGUCAAGGAGCCAUUCUUAAGAAAAGGCUGAAGUAUGCUAAAGUACACAAAAUCCGGACUGAAAAUCACCUGAGUGAUGAAUCCAAAUUUGGAAUUUUUGAUUCAAAUCACAAUAUGUCAGGAGAGAGGUACAACAGUGUCUACAGCCAUCUGUAAAACACACAGGAGGCUCUCUUAUGGGUUGGGGCUGCAUUUCAGCAAGUGGUGUUGGAGAACCUGUCCAAAUUGAUGGAAUUAUGAAUGCAGAGAAGUACUGUCAGAUUUUGAUCCUUCAUGCAACACAAUCUGAAAAGCAUCUGAGAGACUGCAAUUGAAUUAUUAAAGCAUCUUGGGAGAGAAUGAAACAAAAGGCAGCCAACAUCCAAAGAAGAGCUUUGAAUGUCUUUCUAGAAACCAUCCAUCCAAUUUCUUCCACUUAUCCAGGGCCAGGUCGCAGGGGCAGCAGCCCAAGCAGAGAAGCCCAGACCUCCCUCUUCACAGCCACCUCAUCCGGGAGGACGCUGAGGCGUUCCCAGGCUAGCUGAGAGUUAUAAUCUCUCCAGCAUGUCCUGGGUCUGCCCGGAGCUUCCUCCUGGUAGGACAUGCCCAGAACACAAUCCGCUUGGCCUGCUGGUACCUGUCA